AUCAGACAAAAUAACAGCAGUGCGAGAAUUUAUAAACCCUCGGUAGCACUCGAUCGGUGAUCUUAUAACAGACUGAGAGCUCAUUUAGAACAGUUCGCUAUCGUCGGUUCCCGGUGGAACACUGCGGUUAUUGUUUUACAUUGCUAAAAACCUCGAAUUUGGAGACCGCGCGUGAAACCUUCCAAAUUUCCGAAGAUCAAAUGAUAGUAAAUCGGAAUCAUUGUCAGUUAUCCAACAAUUCGGCAAAACUUGGAUAAGAAAAUUGUUUGGUGUGUUUUUGCAACAUUAGAAUUCCAAGUAUCCCAGUCAUGAGCUGCUUGCUCGCUUUGGUUUAAUGAAUGUGCAGUUAAUUAGCUUGAAUUGUUGAACAACCGCUUGAAAGUUCGUGGAAAAGGUUCUAAACAUUGUACGAGCCAUGAUACGGACGUGAACAAAUGGUGAAGCAUUUGAUAGAGAUCGGCAGUGAAAAGUGGUGACACGCGAAAGCCUUUCAUUGCGCUCCCGGUGAUUGACCGCGUGCCUUUUGUGAUAUAGCCCUCGUAACCCAGUGAAUUGAUUCCCGCUCAAAGUGAUCGCUAUUUUUCCGCGACCGAUUAGUUUGUUUUGUGCAUAGCAAAGCCGCAUUAUCAGCGAGAACGAAAAUCACGCAGGGUAAUCAUGGCGGGGGUUGUUAAUCGAUCGUUCGUCGCUGACGACGGCCCGGUGCCGGAUAAUAAAACCAACACCAGCACCGCCACUAAUGGUUCGGCCCCUGUGGCGGCCGACGGCACGGUAGACACAACCAGCACCGGAUCCGGUGAAAGGGAAAAAUGGGACAACGGAGUGGAAUUCCUGCUGUCCUGCAUUGCCAUGUCGGUGGGACUCGGCAACGUGUGGAAGUUCCCGUCAACGGCUUUCCGCAACGGCGGUGGGGCAUUUGUGAUUCCCUACAUGAUCGUGCUGCUGAUCGUGGGAAGGCCGGUCUACUACCUGGAGAUGGUGAUGGGACAGUUUUCCAGCCGGGGCAGUGUCAAGGUGUACGAUGUGUCGCCGGUGAUGAGAGGUAUUGGCGUCGGCCAGAUGAUUGCCAUGUCGAUUGUGAUCUCAUACUACGCAGCCACCAUUGCGGUAGCCAUUCGCUACUUUGCGGCAUCCUUCUCCGGUGAGCUCCCGUGGGCGACCUGCGAUCCCUCGUGGACCGACGUCAACUGUAUCAACUCGAGCGACAUCACGGCCAAAUCCAGCAUCAUCAAUUCGACGCUCCCGGUGAAAACGUCGGCCGAGCUGUACUACACCCGGGCCGUGACGGGUGAGGACUUUCUCGUUGGGGACGAAAUUGGACUGCCGGAGUGGAAGCUGGGCUUGUGCUUGCUGUUCAUCUGGGUCUGCAUGACGUUCAUGCUGAUCAAGGGAAUCAAGGGUUCGGGGAAGAUUUCCUACUUUUUGGCCCUCUUCCCGUAUGUGGUGAUGCUGUUCUUUGCGAUUUACGCUUUCACGUUAGAGGGGGCAAUGGAUGGACUGCUGUAUUUUAUUAAGCCUGAGUGGGAUCAGCUGCUAAAUCCAACCGUAUGGAAGGAAGCCGUGUCGCAGUGCUUUUUCUCGCUGUCAAUUUGCUUCGGUGGCGUAAUUGCGUAUUCUUCGUUCAACAAUUUCUCCAAUAAUAUUUACCGGGACGCAAUGAUAAUCUCCUGGUUGGAUACGUUUACGUCGCUACUAUCCGGUGCCAUUGUGUUUGCCAUUAUUGGGCAUUUGGGAUUCAUCACCAACGAGACGGACUAUGCCAAAGUGGUUUACCCGGGAAGCGGAUUGACGUUCAUCACCUAUCCGGAUGCGAUCGCAAAGUUCGAACAUGUGCCGAACCUAUUUGCGCUCUUGUUCUUUUUCAUGCUGUUUGUGCUUGGGAUUGGAAGCAACACCGGAAUCAUUACCAGCGUGGUGACGGCCAUUCGGGACGAAUUUCCGCAACUGCAGAACUGGAAAGUGGUGCUGACGAUCAGCGUACUUGGGUUUUCUACUGGAUUUUUAUUUAUUACACCGGCAAGCUCCCGGCUAAUUGACUAUGUGGACUACUACGGAGUGACGUACGUAACACUCACCUUGGCCGUGGCCGAGUUGUUCUGCUUCUGCUGGAUGUACGGCGUAGAUCGGAUUUGCCGGGACAUCGAGUUUAUGUUAGCGAUUCAAACCAGCAUUCUGUGGCGGGUCUGCUGGAAGUACAUCACACCGACGGUGAUUCUGUUGAUUCUGAUCAUAACAUUCAUCACCGGAGGAAAACCGGCAGGUUUUGCCGACGAAUAUCAUGCCCUAGGUUGGUGCAUCUACGCUCUGGCCGUGCUCCCGCUGCCCCUGUGGGGCAUGUACGUUGUCGCCCGUCAACCCAAGGGUACCAUCUGGAAGAAGCUCGUUUCCGCCAGCCAGCCCCUGCCCGAGUGGGGCCCGGAGAACCUCGCACUGAAGAAGAAAUAUGACGACUACAUUGACGACAUUCGGUGUGCGGGAUCGCGAAACGUCAUCCAGCGGUUUUUCACCGGGCGGGUGAAAACCUACUCGGUGAACGUUUGAAUGGAACAUGAAGGGGGCGUUUUAUGGCGAACGACCGCAUGUGCUUUUAAUUGAUUCAUGUGGAAUGUCCGACGAUUUCAUUGUGUUUUAGCAUUGUGUGAGUGUACAGUGUAAGUGCAUAGUUUAGGAAAUGAAAAAAAAAUGACCGGGAACGUUGUAGUUCGUUUUAGUAGCCCGACUAUCAUUACCGCAAAGUCGAGUCAGUAUUAGUAAGUUUUAACAAUUGACCUUAAAGAUAGAGCUUUAAAAAAUACAAAACGAUAAUUUGGUUGCACGAGGAAGGUUCAUCGCCUGUUGUGCCGGUGAAAUCUUCCAUCUUUUAAUCGUGAACAUUAUAGAUUCGUUAGGGUCAUGCAAAGGGCCGCGAGAUCGACAAGAACGCACAACACCCUCACCGUGCGAUGAGCUACCAUUGCAUCGUGAGAUUAUCGUGCAUACAGUAGCACAACCGUAUCAAUCAUUAUCGUUAGAAUAAAUUAUCGGAGCCCUAGCAAUAGUUAGGUUUAUUUUUCUAAUCAUCAUCACCAUAGUAUGGAAGUUUAUGAAAAUAACGAGACCUUCGGAUGCGAGGCUGUCUAAUGUGAGAACGAAAUGAAGGCAAAAGUGAUAAAGCAUUGUUUUAAGGAAUGCGGUCUAGACUAUUUUUCCUCGAAGCUGUGUUUAAGUAUUGUAGAUUAAAUAGGGUUCGUAGAUUACUAUAAGUGACGUACGGUAUUUCAAUCUUUUUUAAUUUUAAUUAUUCAAUAAAUAUGACGCCUGUCAGAAAGAGAUUGCUGA